AUGCAGUCGAAAGGACGCCGACCUUGCAACGGCGAACUGCCAACCCGGCCGAGCCAGAAGCCCAACGUCUACACCGCCGACCUCGUCUGGACCAACCAGGGCGCCAGCCCAGGACUCACCGUCACCCUCGGCGGAACGAACCUGACGGUCUUUGUGGAUCUGGGCAGCAGCGUCUUCUGGGUUCCCGGCGCAGACUGGAAAUGCGUCGACGACAUCAACACAAAGCUCAAACACGUCCCACAAGAAAACUGCGCUCCGGUCGAAGGCGGCACCACUAGCCCAGACUUCACCUUUUCCGGUGGUCAGAUUCCCGGUGCGCGGUUCAAUUCAACUUACAACGCCGGCAAAACCGGCGCACUUGGCAUCAUCGGCUACGAAGAUAUCACUAUCGAUGGAGGCCUCGCCAUUACCAACGUCACGACGGGCGUCGCAACGGGAUGGGACAAUCCGCUCUCUGGCACCGCGUACGGCAUGAUGGGCAUGGGCUUCCCUCCCGCCACCUCAUACUGGCCAGAAUCCGAACUCGAGGCCGUCGGCGGCCAAAUCAAAGACCUGACACACAUCACCCACUACAACCCCGUCGCCAUCCAAGCGGCAGCCGAGGGCGUCAUCGCGCCGAUGUUCGGCUACUACUACGACGGACUCGGCGAGCCGGACGGCACCCACUGCGGACAGAUGACAUUCGGCGGAGAGCCCGACAUUCCCCACGGAGAAUUCACAGCGGACAUUCCCAUCGUGCCAGGUGUGCAACUCUCCGAUCCCUCCCACCCCGUCUUCGACAUCUGGAACAUCCACGUCGACGGCUUCAAAAUCAUCCCUCCGACUCCGGGGGCGGAACCCAUUGUCAUCUCCUACCUCAACGAACCCAACCCCGACGCCCCCGCUGCUAUCCCGGGCUCGGCCUACUGGAACCACACCCACACCCUCGACACAGGCGCCUACUUCUCCGCCAUACCCGACGAGGUCUACUUCGAACUGAUCAAGCACUUCGACCCUCCUCUCAGCAAAGAAGGGAGCACGGCGUGUGAUGCCAAAAUCCCGCAACUGGCGGUCACGGUCGGAGGGAAAGAUGUGUGGUUCAACGAGUCCGGGAUCCUGUACCCGGAGAUUUUCGCUCCGGACGAAGCGCCGGCGUGUGAUUUGGCGAUUAUUCAGACGGAAGGGUUGGGAGCGACGUUGGGAACUCCGUUUUUGAUCAAUGUUGUGGCGGUGCAUGAGUUUGCGGAGGGAACUGUGCCGACGGUGAAGUUUGCGCAGAGGAUUUGGGAGCGCAUUUUCAUUUCCUCCGUCGGUAUGACGAACAUCGAAAACGUUCCCCAGGCUUUUCGCGUUCUUUUUCCCGAGCGGCCGAGAAAGUGA